AUGGGAACCAGGUUCGAUCUUGAACGACCCUUUCCAACGAAGUCUCCUACUGAGAAUCGAGAUCCUAAGUUGUACUGCCAGUUCCACGAGGAUAUAGCUCAUGAUACCAAAGAUUGUAGGAGUCUGAAGAGGGCCCUGGACGGCCUAGAUUCCAAGGGGCACCUGAAAAACUACCUUCAAAGAAGCACUGACGGCACGGGAAAAAGCCAGUACAAGAAAAAUAAGUCACCCGUCUCAGCUGCAGAAGGAAAUCACAGCGAAGGGGGAUUCGUAGUCGUAAUAUCGGGAGGACCAGAUGCUGGAGGACCCAGCAUGAGGGGACAAAAAGAUUAUGCCCACCGUCUAGGUCAAGUGAUGUUAUCAGGAAAGUCACCAAUGGAUCCGUUCCCUCGAAUAGAAAUAUGUGAAUCAGAUGGAGGACGGGUAGCCAUCCCUCGCCUAGCCCAUGACCCUAAGACAAUUGAAAGCAUCCACUACCCUAUAAUUGGUUUCGGAGGAAGCAUCAUACAUCCUGUAGGCGUCAUCACCUUACCAGUACAGAUAGGAGGACGUAACGACGGAAGAAAGAUGGGUGUGGACUUCUUAAUUGUCAAGGACUUAACUACAUACAAUGUCAUCUUGGGACGCCCCACUCUGAACAAGAUCAAAGCAGUGGUUGUCACCCAUCUCAUGCUCCUGAAGUAUGUAUGUGACGACGGAGCAAUAUGA